AUGUUCAACAGCAGACACCCCAGCCUUAGCAAAAGAGGAGGAAUAUGGGGAUUGUGCAUCAUCUUGCUUUACACCAGCCCUCUUUCCUGUUUUGCAAAUUUCAGCCAAGCAAAAGAGCUGAUCUAUAAGAUAAAGGAAGGAUUACCCAGAGGGACCUUCAUAGGGGCCAUUGGAAUAGACUUAAAUUUGGAUUUUACUGUGAAGCCCCCCUUUUUAUUCAAUCUACCGCAAAAGAAGGUCAGUGGACAGUAUGUGAACCUAAAUAAUACCACCGGGGAGCUUUACACGUCUGCUACAGAGAUUGACAGGGAGACCCUUUGUCCUGAUAACUCUGAUGGACAGGGAUGUGUUCUCUCACUGGAUGUGUUUUUGUUGCCUCAGCAGUACUUUCAGCUCAUUAAAGUUAAGAUCUUUAUUGACGAUGUGAAUGACAACAGGCCGAAAUUCCCCGUGGAUGAGAUCUGUAUGUUUGUUCCGGAAAACACACACAUCAAUGCCCGUUAUGCGGUGGAGCAGUCGGCAGUUGACCCGGACCUGGGACUUUACGGCGUGCAGACCUACUGGCUUGUUAAUGACUUUGGCAUGUUCACUCUGGAUGUUGAGGAGAAUGAGGGAGGGGAACUGACACCCUUCCUCAUUGUGAUAGAGGUUUUGGACAGAGAGACCCAGGCUGAAUAUAUUACGGAUAUCAUUGCAGAGGAUGGAGGGACCCCUCCUUUACUUGGAGCGGCUACUUUAAAAAUUGUCAUCACAGAUGUGAACGAUAACUGCCCCCAAUUUACAGAGUCACAAAUGAAUGUCACUCUGCAUGGGAAUACCACCAAAGGGGCACAUUUGGCACGUCUGCAUGCUUUUGACCAUGACCUUGGUGCUAAUGCUCAGAUCAGCUAUGCUUACAGUGAACGUGUGCCAAAGGACACCAGGAGCUUGUUCCAUUUGGACAGAAUCACUGGACUGAUCAAGCUAGCAGGGAAGAUAGACACUGGCACAGCCACGUUUUACAAACUCACCAUUCUUGCCAAUGGACCUGGUUGUAUCCCUGCAGUUGCCACUGUUUCUGUCCAUAUCAUCAAAGUUGUUACAGGACCCCCCGCUGUCAUACCUCGAUACAUUGCACCAGAAAAGGAUGGGGUGGUGACCAUAAAGGAGUCUGAGCCAGCAUUUUCUCCAAUUGCUUUUUUUACUGUCAAAAACAUUGAUAUGAACCAAAGGGUGAACUGUCAUUUGGAAGGGACUGGGCCUUUCAGGAUUGGCCCCUAUCAGCUGCUCAAGAAUGAAUACCUUCUGGAGACAACAGAGCCCUUGGAUUAUGAGAAGACACAGGAGUAUGAGCUAAUUGUGGUUGCUAAGAAUGCUCGAGAGCUUAUCAUCAAGACCUUCCUCAAGGUGCAGGUAUUGGAUGAGAAUGAUAAUGCACCAGUGUUUCAGCAGUCUUUGGUGGAAAUAUCUGUAGAGGAGAACAAUCCUCCAAAUACCUUCCUGACCCAGCUCAAAGCCACAGACCAUGACAGCGAAGGCCGAGGGGAAGUCAUUUACCUCCUUGGAGGUGACGCCCCAGGGAUCUUUAUUGUGGAUCGUGUGACAGGUGUCCUGACCGUGACCACAUCACUGGACCGUGAGGAGAAAGAGACAUACCGGUUCAUAGUGAGAGCGGUAGACCAGGGGACACCCAGGAGGGAGACAAUUGCAACUGUGGUGGUGAGCGUUCAAGACCGCAAUGACAACAGUCCACGCUUCAUCAAUAAAGACUUCACGUUCUUUGUGCCAGAGAACUUCCCGGGGUACGGUGAGAUUGGGGUCCUCUCUGUGGCUGAUGCUGAUGCUGAGGAAAAUGGUUGGGUGGCUCUUUCUAUCCUCAACGGCAGCGACAUCUUCAUGAUAGACACAGGCAGAGGGGCAUUAAGGGCCAAGACAUCACUGGAUCGUGAGCAACAAGGGACAUAUCAGCUGUGGAUUGAGGCAGUCGAUGGUGGGGAGCCUGCUCUUUCCUCUAUUACUAUGGUGACCGUGCUGUUGUUGGAUGUAAAUGACAACCCACCUAUUGUCCUCUUUCCCCAGUCCAAUCAGUCUUACAUGCUGGUCCUACCCAAUACACUACCAGGAACAUCAAUAACAGAAGUCUACGCUGUGGAUAAGGAUACAGGAAUGAAUGCUGUGAUCGCCUAUAGUAUCAUUAAGAGGAAAGGGGGCGAGCCAGGGUCAUUUGCCAUUGACCCAGAAACAGGAAAUAUCACAUUAAAGAGGGAGCUCAGCAACCGGGGCCUCUACAGCCUUCUGGUGAAGGUCACUGAUCACGGUCAGCCUGAACCACUUUACUCAACAGUCAUGGUUAACUUCUUUGUCAAUGAAACAGUAAGCAACGAGAGCUACAUCCAGAACCUGCUGACAAGAGAGGCUGAAAUUGAGGUAGAGGAGAGGCCCUGGUAUAAAGGCCAGAUGACAGAGGGGCCUGAGAGGUAUGAGUUGUUCCCCUGUCAGCCUGUCCUCAUUGCUCUUUCCGUGACAUGUCUGGGGCUGUUCUUCUUGGUUGUUACUCUGACAUCUUACAUAUGCUGUAAGAGAUUUAAAAAGCAGCGAAAGAAAAGAUCAGAAGUGGAGAUACCUUUAAAAAUGAAGAAUGACUCAAUGCAGGUUGUGAACAGAAAGCUAAGGCAGAUCUCUAACAUCUGA